AGUAUGAAUCAGAGUCCGACGUUGACGACGGUGGAGAGGCAGCAAGAGCAGCGGUUCGCGCAAGCCUUUCAAACUCAGUAUGUCUCGGUUUCCGGGCCUGUCACGUCGGGUAUCUCAUCCGGCGCCUUGUUCCAUCGGGUACAGGGAGUUCAGAGUAUCCCCUUGACCGCCAUAUCUUCAGCAGUGGCGGUUCCAACUGUAGCUUCAGUCGCUGUUCCUGUGCAGCAUCAAGUGGUCGGCGUGCAAGAAGUUCGGCAUGUUCAGCCGACCUACGUUCAGCCAGUGCAAGUCACCGAGACGACUCCUGUGCAGAUCGUACAGGCUCCUGCCCGCCAAGUGGUUGUGGCCUCUCCGCCUCCUCCGCCUCCUCCCGAAUACGAGUACAUCACCAAGCAUGUGGAGAUUGAUCAGCUUGAAGUCGUCCCAGUGGACAAGGAAGUUGUGUCGUACGAUGUUGUUCCGACAGAUAAGAUUGUUGAGAAUGAGCGACCACGGGAGGUGUCACAAGUUUUCAACACUCAAGUUCCACAGUACAUCACCAGGACCAUGACGAUUGAAGUUCCUCAACCCCGAGAAGUUCGAAUGGAUAAGAUUGUCAAGAACGAAGUGCUCAAGGAAGUUGCAAGAGAGAGGGUUGUGAACAAAGAGGUAGCCGUGCCGGUAGACAAAGUCGUCGUCAAGGAGGUGCCAGUGUACGUCGACAAGUACGUGGAGAAGAUCGUUCACCGCGCCGUCCCCGUGGAGAAGAUCGUUGUGAAGGAG